AUGAGACAGAGUUUAGAUCUCUUUCCAGAUCUAUUUUCGAGCUUGGGAGCUGAGGAAGGUAAAAUCAUUCAGACAUAUCAUCCGUCAUUAUCUCAAGCCGCACUGACUAUGAAGCGACCAGGACAUGAUACACUCUUGCUCCGAAUAACAGGACAGAAGGACGGGCUGAAAACAUCAAGUCCAAUCGAUGGUCACGGCGUGGAUGGAAGUAGGGAAGACAGAUGCAACCCAUCAGCCCUGGUCCAACCUACCCCCAAGAAUGAAGAUCAAGAGAUUUAUCAAUCUUCUCCGAAACGGCAAAAGUUGGAUCUUGAUUUAUCUUUGAGUCUCCCCGCUCAAGGCCAAGACGCAACUAGCCUUGUACCGGGUUCAUCAAGUUCCCCAUCACAAAAGAGGCAUUCUGGGGGUGAGUCCAACUGCAACAGUUUUUCAAUGCAUUCAAUUCAAGAAUGA